UAGCUCAUAUAUUUUGUUAUUUUAUUUUUCUUAUUAUUGUUUUCCACUGCUGCUUUCACUGCCGAUUUUAGGGUAUUUUAUGCACAAAGAUUAAAUUAUUUUUAAGAUUAAAUUUUCAGUUAUUUUAUUUUUCUUAUUAUUGUUUUCUUAAAUUUGAAGCUGAGAAGUCCUUAUUGUGGACGAAACUAAGAUAAUUGAGACCAGAAACUAAGAUAAAAUUUUCGUUGAAUGUGUGUUUAAUCGUAAAAGUAUGUGGGUUUUUCUGCUUCACUUGCUGAUGACUUGUGAGCCUGUAUUUUGUAAUGCUGUUCUCAUUUCAAAAGAUUCUGGUUUUAUCCUGUUGCCGCCUAUCUCAAAAGCCUGGCAUAUGACCUUUCCUGGCUUGGUAUUGUAAGAAUUUUGAGCUAUUUAGACUUGAAAUUCAAUUCAAUUCCAGAUUGAUCGAGUUUCCAACUUGAGGUUGAUGUGAUAUAAAAUUUGAAUCGAUGGAUUUGCUUCUAUUAUGCUCAUUUAUUCUGUAAAAGAUGAAUUUAAUUUCUUUAUAUUCAACUUUAAAAUUAAUUAAUUAUGUUUGUUAGUUUAACUUAAGAUUUUCUAACAGUAAAACUCUUUUUUUUUUGGGGGUAAAAAUUGAUUAAGUUUUGGAGUUAUUUGAGUAUUAUUACAUCUGAAUUUGGUUUAUUAAGCUUUGAUUCAUCAAUGAUCAAGUUUAAAAUUUUAUGGAAUCGAAUACAAGUAAUUUACAAUUACCUUAUCUCAUAUAAACAUCUGAAUUUGGUUUAUCUCACAUUAUCUUUUGCUAUAUGUUUGUAAUGUUUAAGAUUAAAUUUUCUUAUUUAUGCGAUGAAUCUACUGAUGGGAUUAGGUGGAUGUGGUGGAGUUUUAUGCAAUAAUAAGAGAAUUAUGUUGGCUUUGUUCUCUAGUACUUUGCAAGCAUCUGACUCUCAUUUUUGCAGAACUAUUAACCAUUAAAAUAGCAUUUGAUGUUUUUGUUAAAACUUUGUCUUGUUAUUGAAUCUUAUUCAUGUAAUGUUAUGAGUUGGAUUGUUAACAAUGGGAAUCAAACCUUGGUUGUAUUGGAAUGUUUUUGAGGAGAUUAAUAAACAAGUGGAAGAUAUUGGUGUUGUUAGCUUUGUCAAUGCAUUUAGGAAAGCUAGUAGGAUGGCUGAUACUAUAGCUAAGGCUGGUUUUGAAAAAUCUAACAUGUUUACUACCUACUGGAAAUGCAAUUUAGGUUUUCUUGUGUCAUAUAGAUACUUUUUAAUGUAUCUUCAAUUUUUUGGGAAAUAUUUGUUUUAAUAUUUUUAGUAUAUUUGAUAUAGUAUAUUUUUUAAAUUUAUUUUAUGUAACAUAAUAUUUAAAAAAAAAAAAGGGGCUGACCGAGCCCGGGUUUAACAUAUAUAAUCUGGGUCGGGUUUGGAUAAAAAAUUAAACCCAUUUUUUGGGCCGAUCCUGGGGCCUAACAAUCAGGCCUAAGAUUUUGGUUGGACCCGACCCAUGUACACUUCUAGCUGAAACCAAUUAUAUUAUUUGGGAUAAAAAACCCUAAAUGGUAAUAUUCAAUUCUCAGUUUUCAGCUUUGCAGAGUUUUUCAACCAAACGCAGGGAAACCUUUGCCCAAAAUACUCGACGCCAUUGUUAUUUAAUACCAGAAAAAAAAAAUUGAGUAAAUCCAUUCGUUUCAUUCAUAUGGGGAAGGAGAAGGAAGAAACUUUAGGAAAUACUAACAUUGAAGAUGCCAAUUGGCUUUGUUCACUUUCUGAAUCCGAACUUGAUUUGUUGAUUAGCCUAAAGAAGCUAGCCCUGAAACGUGCUAGUGCAAUUGGGCAUGUUCAAUUGGCUAAAAAGUUCGAUCUGAAGAUGCUUCGAGCCCUUGGCUUCGUUUUGAUGGAGUGUGUGAAAGAAAAGGUUAAGGACUUGUCAGUUAUUCCGGGAAUGGAUGAGAAUGUUACAUUUCUUGAUUCUUCCAAUUUACUAAAAUGUAAGGUAGAUGAGGUGAUGAGCAUUGAAGAGCUAAAUGAAUGCAUUGCAAUUGAAACAAGGAAGGAAUUUCGCAAAAGACCGCGUGGAAAGGAUGCCUUAGUUAGAAGUAGUAAGAGACGCAAAGCAGACGAUGACGAAGACGAAGAAACAGCAGAAGAUUAUUAUCCAGCAUUUACAUUCCAGGAUGAUAAGUAGAAAGUUUUGCUACUUCCAUCACUUGUAGUGUAUAGCCAUUCAAGGAUAAUAACUUAAUUUUUUUGGCCAAGAGAAAGCAUUUUUAUUAAGCUUGAAAAACAAAAUCUAAUGUCAAUACCAAGAACAUUUGAAAACUGAAUACCCCCAUUCGGAGGGAGAUUUAAACUUAAUAAUUCAAAGUAA